UAUUGACCAAUAGUGGACCUGUAUAUAGCCUGUCAUCACGAUAUCUUGAUAUUCAGUGAUCAACAAAGAGAUGGAUAUAGAAGAGGAAGAACCACCAAAGUCUAAAUGGGAUCUACGGCGGAAUUUAGCAGGGUUUUGGCUCCUUGGUCUUUGCGACUACUUUCCAUACGUAGUUAUGCUGAGUGCUGCAAAAGAAAUACUCCGUGACAGUGACAACCCCGACAAUCUACAACCGGCAAAUGUUACCGGUCUUAAUGACACAGAAGAGAUGCAGCUUAGGUGUAAUUCUGUCGGCACUGGGGCCGUGUUAUUGGCGGACAUUAUCCCUGUUUUAUUUAUCAAGACGACUGGAGCUUUUUUCUUAAAGAAGGUGCCAUACUACUGCAGGGUGUUGGCUGUCGUGGCGUUUGGAGCGGCGAGUUUUCUAACAGUUGCCUUGUCGUCAACCGUAUGGGUCAGUUUGCUUGGUGUGGUAUUCGCUAGCAUCAGCGAGGGAUUAGGAGAAGUCACCUUUUUCCAAAUGACGGUAUACUUUGACCAGAACGUCGUGUCAGCUUUUUCCUCAGGCACAGGGGCGGCGGGUUUCCUUGGCGCCCUGACAUACGCAGGACUCCGAACUGCCGGCGUCUCAGCCAGAAAUUGUCUCUUCUUCAUGCUUGUCUACCCGGCCAUCAUGGCCGCCACCUAUUUUCUGCUUCUUGUCAAGCCUCCGGAACUCAGCGGCCCGUGCUCUAAACUAAAUCGUUAUGAUAAGUUGAUUCAAAGUAGUGAUGAGAACAACUCAGAUAGGAGUAGUACAGUUGAAAGCAUUUCAAAUUAUUCAUUAAAGGAAAAAAUCACACUUGUGAAGCCUUUGUUGAAGUACAUGGUCCCGCUGGGACUGGUUUACUUUCUGGAAUACUUUAUAAAUCAAGGGCUGUACGAAGUCUUGUAUUUCAAUGACAUAUGGUUAACGACAGACGAGCAGUACGAAUGGUACCAGAUGGACUACCAGCUCGGGGUGUUCUUGUCCAGAUCUUCAGUCAAUUUGAUUCAUAUCAACAAAAUUUGGGUUUUCCCCAUUUUGCAGGGUAUCAACCUUGGGGUAUUGGCUGCUAAUGCUGUGUAUCGGUUCAUUCCAAGCAUCUGGAUCAUUUUGACCCUGAUGUUCUGGGAGGGACUGCUAGGAGGCGCCACCUUCGUCAAUACUUUUUAUAGAAUUAGAACGGAGGUUCGGGAGGAGCACCGCGAAUUCAGCAUGGGCGUAGUAACCCUGGCAGACGCUGUUGGAAUAUUUAUUGCAGGGGCAGCAGCUUUACCGUUACACACUUACCUGUGCAAUAUGUACACGGGAUGA